AUGGAGCCGCACCGUCUUUUAGCGUCUCUAUCCAAACCGUCCGACCGCCUCUUCCUCUUGCGCGUAGAGGAUGACAUCCUGCGUUUCCUCUCCUCCCCGUGGGGCUCCGGACCCCCUGACACCCCAUUCAUUCCGCGACAUUCUCUUCCCGUUUCCCCCAACGCCUGCGGAGCUCCGGCCGCAAGCUCCUCUCGAAGCAGCGCGCCGACCGCUCCAGCACUUAGCGCCGCUGCGCGGUCUCCGGAGCAAGCUGGCAGAGCUAGUUCCGCGCGCCAUGGCGGAGAGGGAGCACUUGCGCGGCGGCGCGUGCGGCCAGGCGCGGAACCAUGGACACGUGGCCGCUCCGCACGCGCCAACGGCGAAGCGGGGGAAGGAAGUGGCAGGUUGGUGGUGACUGUAGAAAGUGAUACAGCAACGGGGGCCGCGGAAAAGAAGAUACGCGCCGAGGUUGAGGCGCGGGUGGGGGCCAGACCUGGGGAGGGAGAGGCGCGGAAAGAGGAUGGGGAAGCGGGGGGGGUAGCGGCGCAGGAAGGGGCCAGGGAAGCGGAAAGAAAGGUCUCGCGCGGACGCGGGCAUGGGGUUGACGGGGAAGCAGAGCUACGAAAGGGGCAGGAUGAGGGGAGAUUGGCGGAGAGGACAGGGGGAGCGGAGGGGAGUGGGGGAGAUGUUGGCGCAAGAGAAAUGAGGGGGGAGGCGGAAAGAGGGGAGAGUGACUUGGAGGAAGGAGUGGAAAGUGGGGAGGAGGGGGCGGGGAGUGAGGGGGAGAAGCAAGGGUUUCAGAGGAGGGUGUGCAAGGGGAGAGGGUUUAAGGCGCACCAAGGGGGAGGCGCAUGGGCGGCAGCUGCGGCAGCUGACGCGCGGAUAGCAGCAGGGCAGCAGGGAACGGCAGGGGUGGCGAAUGAUAGUAAAGCAGGCAGGCGCAGAAAGAGUUGGGAAGGAUCAGCAAGAGGAGAGAACAGUGCAGCCGAAGAGAAUUCAGCUGAAAGGUUUGUUGAGGGUGUCACCGCAGGGGUCGAAUUGGCAGGAGGCGUAAAGACAGGGGGCGUCACGACAGGGGGCGUCACGACAGGGGGCGUAACGGUAACAGAUGGAAGUGAGAUGGGAAGGGAAGGAACUGCAAGACGCGCUUCAGAUGCGAUGCUGGUGUUCCCAAAGCUCCACUCCUACCAUCGCCUGCUCGUGCACUCCACAGCCAAGCGCUUCCGCCUCUCCUCCUCCUCCUACCCUCUCUGGGGUAACACUGGUUACAAGCACGUGUGCUGCAGCCUCACUACGGAGCAACUCGCUAGUAGACCUGCAUCAGGAGACCAAGCCGGAUACUGUACUCUUUGGAGUAGUUUCGUGCCUCCACUGAUGCUGUGUGAUUUUAUUCCGGGCGGCGGGAGUCGAGAGCAGACCCUUGAGCAGGCGGCACAGGCCUGCUCGGUGCCAAAACGUUUCUCGCUGCCCGUUACUGUUGCUGGAGUAGGGAGGAGAGAGGUGCAGGGUGGGAGAGAGUGGGAGAGACGUGGUGGCGGAAUGGAUGAGAGCAGCAAGGAGCGAAGGGGAGGAGGAGGAGGGAAGUGUGGCGAGCAUGCAGAGAGCGAGGGGGAUGAGGUGUCUCUUGUUCCUAAGAGGAAGGGACGGGGAAGGUUCUUAUACCAUGAGAAGGAGGGAAGCAGUGGGGUAGGAAAGUUGAAGGAGAGGAGUGGGAAAGGGCGAGGAGAGGAAAGGAGUGAGGGGACGAGAGGAGGGGACGACUGGGGUGCAGGAAGAAGAGGGGAUGGCGGAGGGAGGGGAUUUGGGGAGCACUGGAGGGGUGAGAAAGGAAAAGGGGAGGAGGGGCGGUGGGAGAAGGGCUGUUGGGAUGGGGAGAGAGGUGGAGGAGGUGGGGGUAACAGGUGGCAUACGAAAGGGAGAGAAGGGAGUGAGAAGGGGGGGAGUGAGAGGCGAGGGGAGGGGAAGGGGUGUGGGAGUGAGGAGAGCAGCGCAGGGCUGACAGCGGCUGAGAUGGUGACUCUAUCAGAGGAAGAUUUCGGGGCAGAUGAAGGGCUGGAUGGUGUGAUUAUAACAAGGGCAAGUCAUGACUACAGGAUGUGGCAGGUGGAGGAGGAUAAAAGCAGGGCAGUUGAUGAAGGGGAUAGGGUGAGAGUGCCUUGGGGCGCCACUGAAGGUUCACAUGGUUUGCCUGCAGGUGCCAAGGAGGACUGUGGGAGUGGCGAGGAGUUGGCAGCAGCCGGCACGCGGCACAUUCUGGUGGUUCGUGCAGAGCUGUGUGAGCUGGAGAAGGCGAUUGAGAAGAUAACUGAAAUGGUGAUGGGCAGCGGCGUCAAGGGUUUGAUGGGUCGAGAUGGAGGGAAUCAGGGUGCUUCUCUUUAUCUGAGUGCCGCGGUUGCUGACUCUGAUGCUGCUGCUGCAUCAGCUACUGUGAUCGGGAGGGAGUGCAGCAAUGCUGGUGCCGAUGCUUCUGCGGCCACAGCUGUUGGCACUCAUGCUGGCGUGCAGGUGUUGCAUCACAGCCCUGAACCACCGCCUUAUGAGUCGCUGCCUGUUGUGCUGGUUCGCAGGGCCGUGCAGGUAACCACAGGGCUGCACCCAUCUGUGAGAGCCGUGCCAGUAGCAGCGGCAGAACAAAUACAAGGGGCAGGGAAGGAAGCGGAGGGAGAGGAGCGCGAGGAAGCAGCAGAGGCAGCGGGAGUGCAGGGGACAGACGGGGGGUUGGCAGCAGCAGGGACGUUUCUUGUGAUAUUUGCGUCUGCCGAAAUGGCAGGAACGGCUGAGAGGCGGAUCCGAGAGGCCAGGCGGCGGGCGAGAAAGGGUGCGGAGAGGAGAAGGGCUGGUUCCGAGAACGAUGUGGAUGCGAGGUUGGUGGGGGCUGUGGCGUGCUGCCUGUCUGUGACCCGCUUUGAAGACGCGUCAGUUGAUGUGCUGGCGAGCUGCUAUUGGUCGGUUCCUGCGAGGAGGAAGACCCGCGUGGAUGGUGCUGCUGCCGCCCGGCUCUUGUCCAGAUCGCUUGUGUGA